AUGGAAGCUCCAAUUUCUCCUACCUGUGAUACCAGAAUCGGACAGGAAACAGGAUAUUUUCACCUCUGCACACCGCGUCGUGAUGCACUCGUAGCGCUACCGGAUCGGCGAGACUGCGCAGAGGCGUUGUGCCCGUCCUGCUCACGGCGAAUCGCAGAGCUCGUGUGCGAUCCCAUGUGGAUUGACGACGCUCGGUCGCGCAUCCGCGGGGCGGCGCUUGCUGUCGUCGAGGCGCAACAGGCUUCCGCGGAGCUAAGCGCGCGAGUGGCGGAAGCAUCGACGGAGCUUCUGAGCGCGGGUGAAUACCAACUUGCGGGGAUUGUGGAAGGAAAAUUGAAUGUCCAUUUGAUUGCUCAUUCCCACGACGAUCUCGGAUGGGUGAAGACAGUUGAUGAGUACUACCUUGACCAAGUACAAUACAUCAUCGAGACCGUCGUUGAUCAGCUCGCAGAUAAUCCUGACCGUAAAUUUAUACAAGUCGAACAGGGGUUUUUCUUCUUAUGGUGGCAGCAGCAGGGCGAGACAAUGAGAAAUAGAGUCAGGAAGCUUGUCGCUUCUGGUCAACUUGAGUUCAUCAAUGGUGGGUGGGUGAUGCAUGACGAGGCGGUGUGUCACUACACGGACAUGAUCGAUCCCUUUGGCCACUCCGCCACCCAGGCUAGCCUCAUCACCUCGCAGGGUGGCUUGGACGCCUUUAUCUUUGGCCGAGCGGACUAUAAAGACAUGGAGAAACGCAAAGCAGAGCAGAAGAUGGAGCUUGUGUGGCGGGCGGGCACAGGGGCGCCCAGGGAUACACAGGUGUUCACUGGGAUUCUGUACGAUGGAUACUACUCGCCACAGGAGUUCCGCUACCAGCAGACAGACAGCCCAGAGUACCGAUUCAGGGACUGGCCGAACGAAAGAAAUCCCAACGUGGAGCAAUUUGUGAACUUCUUUGUUCAGGAGACAUUGAACAGGGCCCGGGCGUUCCGCACGAACCACCUGCUGUUCCCCAUGGGCGAGGACUUCUCGUUCAACGAGGCCAUCAUGUGGUUCAAGAACAUGGACAAGCUCAUUCACUACGUCAACCUUGUGAGUUGCUGUGGCAUGGUGUGGUGUGGUGUGGUGCGAUGUGUUAGGGUAUGGUAA